UAAGAAAAUAACUGGGAGAACUAAACAGCUUUCUUUAAAAUCUACUCCUGAAUUUCAUCAGCGAGUAAAAGAAAUAUCAGUAAAAGAAAAAUGUUUAAUGAUAGAAAUCUUAGAGAAAGCGGUAGCAGUUUGGAAAUAUUAA